AGGUGGCGCUCGUCAACUCUCGCGUUGUUUAGCCGGCGCCAUUAAAAGCAGUAGAAGAAGAAGCGGUGCUAACAAUGGCAGCUUCCACGGAGUUACGGAUGGACCAGCUCCCUUCGGACCCGCUGCUGCACGUCCUAUCCUUCCUGGGCUUCAGAGACCUGAUCCAUUGUAGUUUUGUGAGCCGGAGGUUGAAUGAGUUGUCCAAACACAACCCGCUGUGGAGAACGCUCUGCUCCAAACACUGGCUGCUCACAGAUGCGGACCGGCUGCAGAGCGGUGUGUCCUGGUACUGUCUGUUCAGACAGUACUACAGAGACCUGGGCCGCUACAUGCAGUACUACCCGGUGCUGAAGAGAGCCUGGGAGCAGCUGAAGAGCUUCCUGCAGCAGACGUGUCCACGCAUGAUCGCUUCGCUCAAAGAGGGCGCCACAGAGGUGGAGCUGAACGACAUCGAGGCUCAGAUCGGCUGCAGACUUCCAGACGACUACCGCUGCUCGUACCGCAUCCACAACGGACAGAAACUGGUGAUCCCGGGGCUGAUGGGCAGCAUGUCCCUGUCGAACCACUACCGGUCGGAGGUGUUGCUGGACGUUGAGACAGCAGCUGGAGGUUUCCAGCAGAGGAAGGGGAUGAGACGCUGCCUCCCGCUCACCUUCUGCUUCCACACCGGACUCAGCCAGUACAUGGCUCUGGAGCCGGCGGAGGGACGCCGGAUGUUCGAGAGCUUCUACCCGUGUCCUGAUCAGACAGCUCAGGAUCCGUCAGCUAUCGACAUGUUCAUCACAGGUUCCUGUUUCUUAGAGUGGUUCACAACUUACGUCCAAAACGUCGUCACAGGAGAAUAUCCGAUCAUCAGAGACCAGAUCUUCAGGUAUGUGCAUGAUAAAGGUUGCGUGGCGACCACCGGUGACAUCACCGUCUCUGUUUCUACCUCCUUCCUGCCUGAGCUGUCCUCCGUCCAUCCACCGCACUUCUUCUUCACCUACCGCAUCAGGAUAGAGAUGUCGAGCGGCGCCUCGCCUGAAGCCGCCUGUCAGCUCGACAGCCGCUACUGGAAAAUCACCACCUCCGACGGCAACGUGGAGGAAGUUCAGGGUCCGGGAGUGGUUGGAGAGUUUCCGGUCAUGACGCCUGGAAAAGUGCAUGAGUACGCCAGCUGCACCACCUUCUCCACCCCGUCAGAGUACAUGGAGGGACACUACACCUUCCACAGACUGGCCAACAAAGAGGAAGUGUUCCACGUGGCCAUCCCUCGCUUCCACAUGGUGUGUCCUCCCUUCAGAGAGCCGGUGGUCCGGACGGUAAAGACUCCGCUGUUGUUCUGCUCCAUCAGGAGUUUAACGUCAACCAGUCCUUUAAACUCUUUCACAGAAGGCAUCAACCAGUUACACCACUCGCUUUGACGACCAUGACGACGACGGCGAGUACUGUGACGGAGACGGCGAUGACUUCGGCGACCUGAGAGGAAUCAACAUGGCUGCCUUGGAGGGGGCGUGGUGCCCUCGACACAUCUGACCUCCGACCCCGAUGCCCCCACUGCAGCGUCGUCAAGGAAACCAGACGGACUGUCAGUUAUCUGGGUCUGAUGGGUGAUGAUGGGCGGACAGCGCGGGGGGUUCUGGGGCGGGUAGCACCAACCAGAACCAAUCGGGACAGAAUCGCGUCGACUUCCAGCCGUCAGUCAGAUGAAAGAAAAAUGUGAAAGAAGUUUUAUAGAAAAUAUUUUUUGUUUGUUUAAACUUCUCUUGUUACGAUACGAAACUGUUGGAUGAGUUCCGACAGCGACAUCGUCUCCUCGGCUGAACGGACUAUUGUUACUGCAGGACACAAAAUGGCCGUCGCCGCUGCUGUGACUUUCAGUUUAGAUGUAGAAAAAGCUGCGUUGAGUUGAAUUGCAGGCCAAUCAGGAGCGGUCCUCUGGAGAACAUGGGUAUUUUCUGGUAGAGGUUCAGACUUGCAGUGGGUCAGAAGGUUCUGGGUUCUUUAAAUGAUCUUGUAUCUCUUUUCUGCUGCAGGAACCAAACAAGCCUCACACAACCAGAAUGCUACAGAACUUUAUGGCGGUUUGAUUGUGUCGUCAUCCUCAUUGACUCGAGUUUCUCCUGGUGUUAGUAAAGCUUGUGUUGGCCGCGUGCAGCUGAGACGCAGCAGACACUCGCUGCUCAGAAUACUUUCACCUCCUCCACUCAAACAGAAUCAUGUGAUCCGUGUGUUUAGCCGUGCUAACGGCUAACGUGAGCACCGCUAACAUGGAUGACAAUAUUUCAACAAAUUUCAAAAGAUUUGAGAUCAAAUUUUCUUAAAGACGUUGAAUGAGACCGUCUGACACGUCAUCAGGCCAACGUGUUUGUUUGCGACAGAGUUCCUGCAACACCGAGGACUCUGACAGCUAAUUAGUAGUUAGCAUGCCAGCAUGUUAAAUGAAGGCGUUGAACUUCAGACUGGAGUUGUGAUUGUUGUGUUGAUGAUCAGUGGAAACAGCAGCAUCAGAGACGACGCCUCGUUACUUUCAGUUCCUGCAGUGGAAAAGAGUCAGACAGACGUUCUUCUUUUUCUCCAGUGAUGAUUAAUUAAUCAUGUAAAGUCUUUAAUCGCAGAGCUUUUUGUUGAACGGCAGGCAGAGUGUGAUUGUCUAGAACAAACUGGGCUUUUAUUUUGGUGAGAGGAAGCGGGGGAGUGUCUCGUUGACCACAUGACACGUCGGAGGACGUGUCGCCGCUCUCGGACGAUGCGAUUGGUGGGUUUGUUUUGUAUGUUUUGGCUAAAUAAAUAACAAACACAGACACUCA